GACAUUGCCCCUCGCAUCGCCUUAUCGCCCAUCUAAUCCCAUCUAAUCGGCUUCUGCGAUCCUUUUUUUUUUUCUUCAAUCGAGGGCUCGCGCGAUCUAUCGAUAAUGCUACCGGUCCAGACGACACCCAUACGCGGAGCAGUUGGGACCUUAGAGCUCACCAGAAUGCGAUACUCCGACCAACUUCUACGAUAAUGCCACCAAGGACAUCCCAUGGCCACAGCUUCAUCUGCAGAUCAUGCCUAGUUGCUUUACAGAAACGAAAGCCCUCGGCACAAUGGCUCACCCGCCACCCCUCCUCGCGGACUAUUUCCUCGGCGCGCCGAUCCGGUUUCUCUCCCGAGAAAGAAGCAGAGCGCCAGAGAACCCUAGAAUUGUUAGGCCUGUCGAAAGAGCGCCGGGGCGACAAAUUUUCCGUGAAAUAUUUCGAGAAGAAGACGGAUGGAAAGAUGCGCCCUCUGCGGGACGUGGAUGAAUUCAAUCGGUCGGUAAUGGAUCUUGACGCCGAAACCGAAGCUCGUCUUCAACAGCUGGAGGAACAGCUGGAGCAAGCGACCCGUUUCACCAAAAUCGUUGAAAGCAUUUACGGGAAGCGAGGCGCUGAGGAGUUGGUAAAACGAGCCGCCGAAUCCGACCCAGAUAACCAUCCUUCUGUCCUGCUGCCCGAGCACGGCUGGCCGCGGGCAAAAGGUACUCAAUGCAUCACCCAUCUCAAUAACAUGAUACGUACCGUGGGAAGGAAAACCGGCGGCGGUGCUUUACGCCGAGGGCGGAUCAACGCGUUAUGGAAAUAUUACUCGCUGGCACGCGAUGCCCUGAGGGGAAGACCGGAUGCUGUUUAUAGGGAAUUUUGGGAUUUUCUCUGGAGGCAUCUCGCCGUCGAUCACGACAACAACCCAAAUCGGAUGUAUCAUGUCCAUAUCCUGGCCCAGGACAUGCGGAAGGUUGGAGUGGCCCUACACGACGACCAGCAACUACUUGCCAUCGAGGCAGACUUCGUCUCUGGCUUCAGGAAGGAAGCAGUUGCCGCUCAUAAGAGAUUUGUUCUUACGCUUGGAACCAAUCCGGAGACCUUUGCAGAAUUCUGGGAGCUUGGCCUCCGCAUGUACUGCUUAAUGGACGACGUUGACCGAGCGGAACAGGUAGUUAAGACUAUCGUUGAGUCACCCUACGAAAAAGACCCUCGAUUUUUGUUUCCUCUCAUUCGGAUGUAUGCCAGUAAACCCGAAACAGUAGAGAAAGGGUACAAAGUCUAUCAACAACUACGGUCGGAUCUAGGCGACUCGAUUACCAUCGACGACUACGAUACAAUCAUAUUGUACUUUCUAAAGGCGAACGAGACGGAAUUCGCGCUUUUUAUCUUUGUUGAUAUGAUGGUCUCCGAGACCGUCGACCUGAGAGGCGUUCACAAACUGCCUCCGAGCGUGGGAAACCCCUUUUUCUUCGGCAAAUGGCUAAGGCGGUUAAUAUCGGACGGUAAUCUGCAGGGCGCCCACAACGUCUUACUUCUCAGCAUGUCUAAAGGUGUUCUGCCUCAAGCCAUCCACGUGAAUGGCUUGAUCGGCGCAUGGCUGAGGUCGGGGACAGCUGACAACAUACAAAAAGCCGAGGAUGUCGCUUGGGCCAUGAUUAACGCGCGCAUGCAAUUCCUGGGCAUUAGAAAAGACAUGAAAAAUCUAGCCGCAUUUAUCAGGUUGCGGCCAACCAACGAGGUCUGGCCGAGGGCCAACCUGGAGACUUUCUCGUUGCUUGCCGAGAACUACAAAGAUCGCGGAUUACACGCCAAGAUGGAGAGGCUGUGGAUAGCUUUCCGAGACGCCGAAAUCCCCCCCAACUCGUUCAUGCUGAACCAGUUGCUCUCUUCUUACCUCCAGAGCGGACAGGGUAAACACAUUGGAACGCUCUCCCGUGACUUGACCAACCACUACCGAGUGGAACCCGACCCGUGGACUUUCACGGUUCUCUGGCAGGCUUUGGCGGUAAAUCGCCUCGUCGAGAUAUCUCCACAGGAGCUUCCCGCGGAGACGGCCCAGGCCCGGUCGUUAUUCGCGGAGAUGGUUAGGUCUGCCCAUAUUUUCGAGAAUGGCAUUGACCUCUAUUUAUCAAGAAGCAUUCUGCACUCCUUCCGCAAAUUGGAAGACACAACUGGGUUGCUUUUGGCAUACCGAGCACUACGACAUAUAUUCAAAUUCAUACCUUCAGACCUUGUUGUCAUGGAGUUGCAGGUGGGGUCUAUGGAUUUGCUGCGGACGGCAAAGGGUAGAAGAGGCCUCCGAUUAAUGCAUGCCGGGCAGCAGGUCGAAAGCAGUCUUAGGCAGAGGCACCAGGAACUUAUCGCUUCGGGACAGCUUAAGGCAGGGGAGGAGUUACCCCUGGAUGCGAGGACGGAAGAAUUAGGAAACAUCCUCGAACGCUUCCUCGAAAAUCAAAUCACGGUUCCCGAUGGUGGAGACAUACAAGCCUUACUAAGAGAAACCGCCAUGGAAAUGGGAUUUGGUGGCGAUGAGCCGGAGACCAAGACCAGCACACCCGGUACCUGAGGCUGCAGAGAAAGAUGUUUGUAGGAUCGUGUUUCGUUUGUAGCAUCUAGCGGAAGCAAGUUGCUAACUAGGUGUCUCUCCCCCGCCGCUCAUGCUGGCUGCUGGUCGUCCCGUUCGUACCAACUGGCAAAUACUGCCAAUCCUUCCGGGUUUGUGAUUAGGUGCCGAGGUUCCUUCGAACCCUUAGUGUCGAAGCUGAUGGACCGCACAUAAUAUCCGACAAUUGCCCCCCCUCGGAUUCAUGGGCAGUCAGAGAUGGUACUCACCAUAGGCUCAAAUGAAAAUGCGCUUAAGAGGAGUUCACCUAUCGCCCGAGAUGGAUCAUGGGUCGAGGCUGCGACCUAGUUAACUAGGACCAGUGUCUACCUAGGUAUGUGCUAUCCAUAUAUAUAGCACGGACCUACUACUAUCUAGGUGGGUAUGUGGGAGGUAGAUAAAUCUUGGGUAGGCUUAUCUCGUGGAGAUGGCGAGAUCUAGUUGAGGCGGGAGGUUCUUUGACGUACCUACCUAGAAGUGCGAGUGGAUGGAUAUCGUAGAUGAUAAAAAGAAGGGGUUACAGAUAAAAUACCCGCCUACUAUCUAUGCCUAUGGUAACGAAGCUCAAUCCAAACCAGACUCGCAAAAAUAUGCUUCUUGCUCAAAAUGGCCGACUUCUUGAACCGCCUCAACGAUCAGACACCUCGAAA